CAAAAGCCGUACAGUGCAUUUGUUUUUCUGCAGGGUCUUCUAGAUAGAUGAUAAAUCGCCCUGUUUUGCACUCAAUACCCACCUAAGCGGUCUCCAGAGGUGACCAGCCCGCGCCCUCUACACACAUUAUUGCUUCAGCGAGGACUGGUGCGCAGGAAAAGGCUUCCGCGAGGUGUCUGGAUGCUCACAAGAAUGAGCAGUGACUCUCAUCUGUUUCACGAAUAUGCCAACGAAACCGAGCUAAUAGGCGAAUUUAGGAAAUGCAUGCUGGACGAGGACAAUGUGGAGAAGGUCAGCAACUACCUGUACAACUCCCUGAUCGAGGACGCUAUCCUGGGUGUGGUUCUGGAGGUGCACUGCGAUGUGCGAACGGGAGUCUCGGCGGCCCUCGAGGGACAGCCGGAGGACACGAAACCCUAUGCUUUAAUUGACUUACCGGAUAUUGAUGUGUUUGGCGCGGCGAAUGCCAAGAAAGCGAUUGAUUGUACAUGCCCCAACUGUGAUAGAUCUGUGGCCGCCUCCAGGUUCGCACCGCAUCUCGAGAAGUGCAUGGGAAUGGGUAGGAACUCGUCGAGGAUCGCCAGCCGGCGGAUAGCCAGCACAAGAGGAACGAGUGAACUGUUCGGCACUGGAAUCAGUGAUGAUGAGGACGAUGCCGAUUGGUCAGGCGAGAAGCGAAAGAAGAAGUUCCAGCCCGUCCGAACAAAUGGCACUAAGAAAAAUGGGAAGACCUCUUGAAAAUAGGGGAAGGCUUCAUCCUCCAAAUUGUCCUAGGAGGAUUUUAUUUAGCAUAAUUCUUUCUCAGGUAUGACACAUUAUUUAAAGAGCGACAGAGCCAUUCACAUUCGAGAGGUUUCCGUCUGGACGAAUUGGACUGAGUCUCUUCUCUUCCUUCUUUGGGAAGAUGAUGAAUUUUCAUGCCAAGAUUUCCUUCUUAUAUCAGCCCCACAUUCAAAUCCGUCUUAUCACUUUCCUGUUCGACUUUUUAUAUUAUUAUUAUUAUUCAAAAUACCCAAUAUUGUACAUAGAACUAUAUUUUGAUAGCUUUAUUUUACUCUUAUCACACACUCUUCACUAUCGCGUGAGACAAAUUUUUUUUUGUAUAUUUUACACCUUCCAGAUAGAUUACAAUGUGAAUAUAAUGGUUUAAUAUUUUUAAUGCAAACGAUAUCCAGAAAAAAACGCUUCUUUUGAAAACUCUGCUGACCAUUCUUUUCCCCUAACACUUGUCUUCAUUCGUGGAUAUCACAAAGAAGCACACAAUAGAAUGACUAAUUUCUUCAGCAAUGAUUUAGGCGCACUCGCAAAAAUAUGCUUUAUCUUUCUCGCCGUCUCUCUUCUCUGUGUCUUUGUCCAAGAAAUUCGUCAUUCUAUUUUAUUUACAUCUCACUAGAAAUAUUUACAGGAUUUACUAUUAUAAAUACAUAAUAUCAGUAUGUACAGAGAUUGUAAUUUCUGUAGUUCUAUUGCUAUAGAAAAGGAAAACAGUGUUUAUUAUAAAAAAAAGUAUACAACAUUAAAUACAGAUGAAUCUUUCAAUGAAUCCCACAAGAGAUUGUGUAAAUAUUCUGCUUCUCAGAAGUACAGUGAAAAAAAAUCAAUGCAUAUGUUAUUAUGCAGAAUAAUUGACUUAAAAAGAUAAUUAUAUUCCUAUCAGGAAGGAAACACUGCAACUAUGAACUCAGUGACAUUCAAUGUGUAAUCAUAAUCGCGUACACAAAAAAAUAUAUAUAUAUAAAUUCAAUGGCAAAUGGUGUCUAAUAAAAUUACAGCAAUUCAAUAAGUAAAAAAUAAUCCGUAAAAAAUAUCUUAAAACUGAAAAAAGAGAGUCUGAAUGGAUGAAUGAUUAGGAAGCCAAAAAAGUAUCUAGAUAGACAUUCUGAUGAUGUGAAGAUAAAAGAAUACUGAUCGGAAUUGUAAAUUUCUGCAGUUGGAAUUUGUGUAGAGAAAUUAAAUUACAUGCAUCGUGAAGCGUUUCCAGGUGUUUUCGAUCAUCCUGAGAACAUAUUACGUGUCCCGCGGUGUAAAUGUGAUCUUAUAUAUUGUAAUUUAAUUCUUUUUGGGAGAUGCUGGAGUUGAAUUUGUACUUGAUUUUAAUUAGUUUAACGUUUAACCAGGAUAAUAAAUGUGAGAUAAAUAUCAGGA